AUGUGUUUUACAGAAAUCAGAAUCAUGACGUCUCUUGUCUUUGUCCUUCUGCUGGUGUCUCAGAGCUUCUCAUUGUCCAGACCGCAAUGUCUCCGCUGUGAUCAAACAUCCUGCAACUGCUCAAGACAAAACCUGAUGAAAAUCCCUGAAGCUCCAUCGAAGCUCAUCACUGGACUUGAUCUCUCUUUCAACCAAUUGGAAAGAAUCAUGAAAGAUGACUUUCUUGCAUUUUCCAGUUUGAGGUCUUUGACUGUGAACAACAACCGAAUCAAAACCAUCCAUGGAGACGCAUUUGUCCCACUGAUUCAUUUGGAGAAGCUGGACUUGUCCUUAAACCAGCUGGCUGUGUUGUCCUCGAUGUGGUUUAAGACUCUUUUUUCGCUUAAGUACUUAAAUCUUUUGGGAAACAAAUACACAACACUGGGUCAAGGUAAUCUUUUCCAGCCACUGAAGAGACUGAAGACCUUACAUUUCGGAGGACCUUUCCUUCACUCCAUCAGUAAACUUGAUUUUUCAGGUCUGUUUGGUCUCGAAGAGUUGUUUUUUGAUGGAAAGAAUCUGCAAGUCUAUGCUGAAGGAAGUCUGAGACAAAUUGGGCCUAUUAACCACAUAACACUUGGUCUAAGUGACGGAUUUCAGAGGAAUCGAGCACUCGUACAAACCAUACUGUCAGAAGUCGUGCGUGCAAACACAACACUAACAUUCACUGAUAUGCUGUUCUUCACAGAGAAACAAGUAGUCCCUCUAAAGGUGGCCUUCGACCUUGGUCUUCCAAGUCUUAGUUUUAAAAACGUCAAUAUGUCAGUUGAAGCUUGUUUAAAAUUUCUAAAUUUGUUGGAAGACUCUGAUGUAAUUAUGCUGGCAUUUGAAAAUGCAAAAUUCUUGGCUCCAACUAGGAUUCCCAUGUUAGGUUCCCUCAACCUGAAAAAAUUAGAGGCUGUUUUUUUCAAAAAUGUUGAUAUCACUUGGUUCUACCGUUUCCCAGCCCUCAAUUUCGAGGAACCGCUGAUUAAUGCAGUGCGAAAGGCAUCUGUGAUAAAUGCCAUGUUGUUUGUCAUUCCCUGUCAAACCUCUGUCGAGCUCAAAAAACUGGAGUUUUUGGACAUCAGUGACAACUUUGUCAGUGAUAUUGCCCUCAUUGAAGUGAUGUGUAACGGCAACGGUGUCCUUAUGAACCUACAGACGUUCAAUGUCAGCAAAAACCUCCUCCAGACAAUCAACAGCCGCCUCUUCACCAAAUUAGAAAGGCUUCAGAACAUUGACAUGAGUCAAAACUCAUUUACCACUAUGCCUGACAGCUGUUACUGGCCAGCAAAUCUCCAGUUCCUAAACCUUUCUUCAAGUCAUCUAACAAUGGUGACUCACUGUCUGCCAGAGAGUUUGCACAUCCUUGACCUAUCCAAAAAUUAUCUGACUGUGUUCGACAUCAAGCUUCCGCUCCUCACAGAGUUACACAUCUCCGGCAACAAGAUGGCAUAUUUACCCGCAGGGAGUUUGUACCCUCAGCUAACCUUUCUUUCCAUCCAAAACAACACUUUGCAGAUGUUCAGCAGCAAUGAUCUACACGAUUACAAGCAGCUGACGCGUCUGGAGGCCGGCGGAAACCCGUACAUCUGCACAUGUGACUUUGUGGCUUUAAUGUCGGGUGACUUGAUGAAUCAGCGAGUCUCAGUCAGAGAUGAGACGACAUCUUACAUCUGUGAAUCCCCUGAUACAGAGAGAGGGAAGACCAUAGCAGACGUGAGGCUGUCGGUGUUCAAGUGUCACACGAUUUUAGCAUUUUCUUUACUCUGCUCAGGCAUCCUGGCGCUGUGUCUGCUCAGUGCAGCUCUGUGCUAUAAGUUCAACAUUUUGUGGUACAUGAGGAUGACCUGGGCCUGGCUCAGAGCAAAGAGGAAGCCGAAGCUGAGGAAGGGAGCACUCGACUUCGAUGCCUUUGUGUCCUACAGUGAAAUGGACUCCGGCUGGGUGGAGGCACAUCUGCUGUUGGCGCUGGAGCAAACCGAACCUCAGCUCAAACUCUGCCUCCACAAGAGAGACUUUGUUCCAGGUGGCUGGAUCCUGGACAACAUCAUGGACGCCAUAGAAAAGAGCCACAGAACCAUUUUUGUCCUUUCUCGGCAUUUUGUCCGGAGCGAAUGGUGCAAGUACGAACUGGACUACACACAUUUUAGAUUGUUUGAUCAGAAUGACGACAGGGUUGUUCUGAUUCUGCUGGAGCCCAUUGACGCAAAAAACAUCCCCAAAAGGUUCUCCAGGCUGCGGAGAGUCAUGAACUCCAGGACGUACCUGGAGUGGCCCCACGAUGAGAAUCAGAUCCCUGUAUUCUGGGAAAGUUUGAGAACAGCAAUUACAAGACCUGAGACUGUCAAUGAAGUCAAGGAAAAUGAGACCUUUAUGUAGAUUUAGGAUUUAGUUUUGAUCUUUCUAUGCUACUAUUUCAUACAUUUAGCAUAAAAUUGUGUUGUUAAAGUUCCUGUGGCCAAGACUUUGUUCAUAAUUAGGUCAGAUGUUUUAUACCAGUUGUGCUUUGUAAGAAACUUUAAUACUGCCUUAAUUUUUUGUUUCAGUUUUUCUUGCAACAUUAUAUUGGUACACAAGCAUUGGGGAUAAUUUCACAGCUUUCCAACUGUUACAUGGUGUAACUACAGUCAGUAAAGACGAAGGUGUCAAAACAAAGCAUUAGAGUUUCAUUAACUUUUCUUGUUUGUUGUUUUAGUUUCUGUGAAAUUGUUGUAUGAAAGCACAAGUAGCAU